AAUAUGUCUAGAUCAAUGAGGUGUGGUACUAGUUCCAGUAAAUCCAUGUACGCUGGAUCAUCGUCCAGAAUGUCUUCCGGUUCCUCCUUUGGCGGAGGUGGUAGAGCUGGUGGAGCUGGUGGAGCUGGUGGAGCUGGUGGAGGUGGCUUCCAGUACCUAACCAUGUAUUCUGGUGGACGUGGAGGUGGAGGUGGAGGUGGAGGUGGAGGUGGAGGUGGAUAUGGAAGUGGAGGUGGAGGUGGAUAUGGAGGUGGAGGUGGAGGUGGAUAUGGAAGUGGAGGUGGAGGUGGAUAUGGAGGUGGAGGUGGAGGUGGUUUUGGGUUCUCCUUUGGUGCUGGCUGUGGCAGCGGGGGAGGAGGAGGAGGAGGAGGAGGAGAAAUGGACAUCUCUGCUCAGGCCAGCAUGCAAAACCUGAACGACCGUCUGGCCACCUACCUGGAGAAGGUGCGCAUGCUGGAGGCUGCCAAUAGCGAACUGGAGCUGAAGAUCAGAGAGUUCCUGGAAAGGAAGACCUCCCCGUCCUCCAGAGACUACAGCGCCUACUACGCCACCAUUGCAGAGCUGCACGGGAAGAUCCAGGAUGCUACCAAAGACAACGGUGGUAUCUACCUCUGCAUCGACAAUGCCAAACUGGCUGCUGAUGAUUUCAGGCUCAAGUAUGAGAACGAGCUGGCCAUGCGCCUGUCAGUGGAGGCAGACAUCGCCGGGCUGAGAAGGGUCCUGGACGACCUGACAAUGUCCAGGUCCGACCUGGAGAUGCAGAUCGAGGGUCUGAAGGAGGAGUUGAUCUUCCUUAGAAAGAACCACGAGGAGGAGCUGCUUGCCAUGCGGACUCAGAUGAGUGGUCAGAUCAACGUGGAGGUUGACGCCCCGUCAGGACCCGACCUUGCUGUGAUAAUGGAAGAAAUCAGAGAACAAUACGCUGCCAGCGCCGCCAAGAGCAACAGAGAGCUUGAAGCCUGGUUCCAAGCGAAGACAGCAGAGUUGGACAAUGAUGUUGCUGUCAACACAGAAACCAUCGCAACGUCCAAAACUGAGAUCACAGACCUCAAGCGAACGGUGCAGAAUCUGGAGAUCGAGCUGCAGUCACUGUGUGGCACGAGAUCGUCACUGGAGUGCACCCUGGCUGAAACCCAAUGCCGGUAUGCCGAGAAGCUGGCAGGUUUCCAGAACAGGGUGUUGAAUCUGGAGGCUCAGUUGCAGCAGCUGAAUUCAGACCUGGAGAGACAAUCCCAGGAGUACCAGAUGCUGCUGGACAUCAAGACCAGGCUGGAGAUGGAGAUCGCCGAGUACAGGAGGCUGCUGGAUGGAGAGGCUGACGGGUGAAUGAUUUAAAGGAUUGUUUGUACAAC